AUGCGGCAGUCGUCGCCGAAUGCGCUAGUCCGCGGUCAAGCCAAGUCGGCACGCGACUUGACGCGAAAGACGCGCUUGGAACAAAAGUGCGAAGACCGCAAGAGCCGCGCCACCUCCGACGUGCUCAUGACAUUCCUGCAGCCCGACGAAGUGCGCAAGAGCCGUCACGUGGAGCUGACGACCGAGAUGAUGGAAGGACUGCCGCUGCUGGUUGUUUCCACAAAGGGCAAACUCGGCACGAAAUGGCUCUUUCUCGAUGAGACGUUGAGCCAAAGUAGGCUCAAGUGGUCCUUCUUUGGCAAACCGUCCAAGCCGCGAUUCCAAGGGAUCGGGACACGAUCCACGGAGCUUCACUCUCUCCUUGCUGUGACGCCGUACACGGAUGCUCUGCCUGCUGGCUACAACAACUUGACGCGACUGCGCACUCGGCUCGAGAAGCAUACGCGCGCCAAGAAGACGACGACGACGACGACGGAUGCAACGGCCAAGAACCCAGGCGGCGUCUUCCUUGUGCACGUAACCUUUACCGGGAAGCCUGACCUGCUCUAUGCCGUCGACUCGGAGAUCGACCAAGACCAGGCGGCCUACACGUGGCAGCGUCUUGCGGCCAAGACUAAGUCCCGACCCAGCUCGCCUGCGCGGUCGAGGAUGGCGAUCGUGCCUCGCAAGCCGGAGGCGCUUGCGCCGCUUCUCUUGAGCCCGCGCAGUUCGUCGCCGUCGCUUGUGAUUCCGUCGUGGUACUCGCACCCGUCGCCGCGCGCGAGCAGCCCGCGCCCGCCCAUGACGCCGACCUUCACGUACCCGGAGCUCUCGCCGCUCAGCCCGCGCCUCGGCGUCGACGACCGCGCGUUUGGCGCCGACGCCGUCCACGCCAAGCUCGAGCGGCUGCGAUAUACCCACCUGCUCUUGCACGAGCGCUUCCAGCACAUUCGCAGCGUCCAGGAUGUGUUUGAUCAAGAUAUGGCCGAGGUGCAGCGCGCGCUCACAUUUGUCGAGUUCAAUCGCGACGAGAAGCGCGAGCGCAUCGCUGCGUACUUGAACCGGCACUCGACGCUUAUCCAGCGCAUAUACCGAGGCCACCGCGCGCGGGUGCGUGUCGAGCGGCUUCGCCAGUCGAUCGCCAUCGUGCGCAUCCAGCGGCUAGUGCGCGGCUUUCUCGUGGCGCGGCGUCUCGUCGCCGCCCGCCGCCGCCGGCAGCACGAGGCGCGAAUGACGGCGCAUUGGCGUGCGUACCUCCAGCGCACAUGCUUGGUGCAGCUCGUCGAGACGUGGCAUGAGCGUAACGACGCGCUUCUCGAGGCGAAGCGCCUCAAGAUCACGGUGCUGUGGCACCGCGCGUACGUGCACGCGCGCAACGCCGCCUCGACGGCGCGCACCCGCAAGGUCAUCCUCCGCCACCACUUUCGCGCUGCCGUGCACAAGAUCAUGGCCGAUCGCCGCGUGGCCGACAUGUCCAAAAUGGGCAAUGUGAGCCUCCGCGCCGUCUCGGACACGAAGAAGAAGAUGCAGAUGCUCCAGACCAUGGAGCGCCGCAUGCUUGAGAUUCAGCGGGCGCGCCAAGCCUUUGAGCGCAAGCAGCGCAACAAGAGCGUGAGCCCCAAACGAAGCGAGCCGAGGAAGGAGCCCGAGCCGUCCCCGCACGAGUCAUUAUCCUUGGGUCAUGGCGAGACGAGUAGCAUCUUCCUGACGCAGCUCCCGAUGCACCACAAGCGACACCACGCGCACAAGAGCCGGCAGCCGAUGCCAGCACUGUCCUGCGAAGCGCCGAACCCGUCGCCCAAACAGAGCCGCCACCUCGGCAAGCGUGCCAAGCACCCCCACCACCAUGUCCCGUACGAGCUGCUUGUUGAUGACGAUGAAGUUGCGGUGUAA